AUGCAGCGUCUUCUUGCCCUCGCAGCGCUCACCGCACUGGUGGGUGCUGAUGACUUGGACUCUCGGUCGGCCCUAGAGACGGACGUCUGCGAGGGAGAGGAGUGUGCCCUGUCCCUGCGCCAGCUCCGGGGAAAGGAAGUGGACGCCGAGAUUGCCCUUCACCAGGUGCCAAAUGUGACGGAGACCACGGAAGUGGCUGAGGUGCCGGAGGUGGCAGAGGUCACUGAGGCACCCGCGGCGCCAAAUGUGACCGUGGCCAACGCAAAGGCGAACGUGACUCGGCCAGCGACGGCUUCUACAACAACUGGCUUCCAGUUUGACUUCGACUUCUCCAACCCCCCAGAGACGGCUGAGCCUGACGAGGACAGUGAGAUCGAGGAGCUGAGCAAGAUGAACGAGACCAAGAUGCAGGAGGACAGGGAGAGAGAGGAGGGUGGCCUGUGCUGCUUCAGCGGUGAGAACAGCAAGGACACCUGCGGCACCUGCUAUCCCAUGUCGAUCGCAUCCUACAAGACCAAGUGCUCCAGGAAGAGCCAGUGCUUGGGCGAUUGCGGCGGCACCUGGUGCGCCAGCAAGUGUGUCCUCGGCGCGGCCGACCCGUUCCGGAAGUGCGGGACAGCUUAUCCCGAGGCCACGAGCAGUGAUCCGGUCUGCUCCAAGGACGCGGAGGGCUGCAAGAGUUGCAAGGGCGAGUGGUGCCGCGCGGGCUGGAACUCCCACUUCACCCUCACCGAGGGCAAACAUGGCGCAGAGGUGCCGGAGUAUGUGGCGCCGGAGGAGACCCGUGGGGUUUGCUGCUACCGGGGCACCGACAAGGCCGACACCUGCGGCACCUGCGCAGACGUGGCCAAGGACGCGACCUGCUCCACCAAGAGCAAGUGCGGGGGGUGCGGCGGCACUUGGUGCCACGGGCCCAGGUGUGUGAAGGCCUUCAAGGACAAGAAGGACCCCUGCAACACCGCCUUCCCCUACACGGGGGUUGCGGCGGCCGAUGACUUCUGUGCCCUCAACGACAAGCAUUGCUCCAGCUGCCACGGAGCGUGGUGCAUGAUCGGAAACAUCACGUUCUAUGACGGCAUCAAGUAUGAUCCCGACUCUCCAUACGAAUCCCCCACGGACCAGCGACUUACACCAGUGAACCAGACAGAGAUCAAGGAGGCGGAGGAAGAGGUUUCCAGCGAUGAGGGCCUCACUGACCUUUUCCCCGAUGGCCUUGCAUAA